AUGGUUCUAUGCUUGGAUAAUGGGCUUGCGGGAGACAGCCACGUUGAGAUCUGCUCACCCAGGAAUUUUUCAGGCUGGCGCUCCGGCAUUGCUCGACCCAAUGAAGAGCAAAAGGCGGUUGGCGCUGUCAGUUGUCACCAAGUGUCUCAAAUAAUAAUGUGCCAGGGUUUAGCGUUGCGGGCGGACGCUGACGGUCAGUCGCCGUUGGCGGGCAGACGUGUGCAUCGAUCUCUGAAACCCAGCACCAGGAACGCCUUGGUUGGCCUGAGUCUUUUGUGCGUGGAUGAUGGGCCUGCUGUCGCUGCACACGAUCUUCCUGGUGGGGGAAGUUGGUGA